GUAAACAACACAAGCGCCUGUAUCGUCAGCUGCUCGCACGUGUGGAGCUGGCUGUAAAAAACGAUAUUGUAGACGUUGCGGAGGUAAUUAUUCCAACAAUGUCCUCAGUUGAGUCUUUGAGAGAGUUUGUCACCGAGCGACUCACUGCCGCUGCUCAAGAAAUAUUCGGAGUCUUUGAAAAAACUAUCUUCCAGUACGAGGAAGAGGUCGACCGUCAGCGCAGACUGCUGGAUGUCGUUUGGAAACCUGCAAUAAAGCUACACAGGAUAGAGCUCCCAAAUAAACAUGUCUGUAAGGAGGAGGAGGAGGAGGUUCUCUCUGACCAGCAGCUCUGUAUUCAGGAGAGGAACUCCAGUCUGGACCAAGAGGACCCAGAGCCUCCACAGAUUAAAGAGGAACAGGAGGAACCCUGCACCAGUCAGGAGGGAGAGCAGCUUGAACUGAAGCAGGAGACUGAGACCUUUAUGUUGACUCCUAGUUAUGAGGAAAGUGACCACGGUAAAGAUCAGACUCUGUACAUAAGUAUCGAUGAAAAUCAGAGCGUGGUGGAAGAAACACCUCUAGGCUACACUUCAGUUGAAAGCUCUGUAGUACCGGAACCAAACGAAGACCACCAGCUCCUCUCACACAACUCUCAUGCAGAUAAAGGCCAAGAUCAGAAAGGAGGCAAGCAUGGAUACUCUGAAUCCACUAGUAAUGCAGAGCCAAAACCGUUAUUCCAGUGUGACACAUGUGCAAAAGAAUUCAAGUUUCAGUCUCAUUUUUACAGACAUCUGAGAACACACACAGGUGAGAAGCCACAUUCUUGCAAAACAUGUGGGACACGAUUCAGUCAGAAAGCAACAUUGAAACUUCAUAUGAAGAUCCACUCAGGUGAGAAGCCACAUUCUUGCAACGUCUGUGGGAAACGAUUCAGUCAGACAGCAACAUUGAAACUUCAUAUGAAAAUCCACACAGGUGAGAAGCCACAUUCUUGCAACGUCUGUGGGAAACGAUUCAGUCAGACAGCAACAUUGAAACUUCAUAUGAAAAUCCACACAGGUGAGAAGCCACAUUCUUGCAACGUAUGUGGGAAACGAUUCAGUCAGAAAACAACAUUGAAACUUCAUAUGAAGAUCCACACAGGUGAGAAGCCACAUUCUUGCAACGUAUUUGGGAAACGAUUCAGUCAGAAAGCAACAUUGAAACUUCAUAUGAAAAUCCACACAGGUGAGAAGCCACAUUCUUGCAACGUAUGUGGGAAACGAUUCAGUCAGAAAGCAACAUUGAAAAUCCACAUGAGAACACACACAGAGCUCCCAAAGCAACAUGUCUGUAAGGAGGAGGAGGUUCUCUCUGACCAGCAGCUCUGUAUUCAGGAGAGGAACUCCAGUCUGGACCAAGAGGACCCAGAGCCUCCACAGAUUAAAGAGGAACAGGAGGAACCCUGCAUCAGUCAGGAGGGAGAGCAGCUUGAAGUGAAGCAGGAGACUGAGACCUUUAUGUUGACUCCUAGUUAUGAGGAAAGUGACCACACUAAAGAUCAGACUCUGUACAUGAGUAUCGAUGAAAAUCAGAGUGUGGUGGAAGAAACACCUCUAGGCAACACUUCAGUUGAAAGUUCUGUAGUACAGGAACCAAACGAGGACCACCAGCUCCUCUCACACAACUCUCAUGCAGAUAAAAGCCAAGAUCAGAAAGGAGGCAAGCAUGGAUACUCUGAAUCCACUAGUAAUGCAGUGCUUAAACCGUUAUUCCAGUGCGACACAUGUGGGAAAGAAUUCAAGUUGAAGUAUAAUUUUUACAGACAUCUGAGAAUCCACACAGGUGAGAAGCCAUAUUCUUGCAACGUAUGUGGGAAACGAUUCAGUCAAAAAUCAGCAUUGACCUUUCAUAUGAAAAUCCACACAGAGGAGAACUUCAAGCCAUAUUCUUGCAAAACAUGUGGAAAAGAUUUUCGACUUAAUAGUUACUUGGUCAACCACAUGAGAACACACACAGGUGAGAAGUUGUAUUCUUGCAAAACCUGUGGAAAAGAUUUUGGACGUAACAUUCAGUUGGUGAACCACAUGAGAUCACACACACGUGAGAACUUGAAGCCACGUUCUUGCAAAACAUGUGGAAAAGAAUUUCGAACGCAUAGUAACUUGGUGCGCCACAUGAGAACACACACAGGUGAGAAGCCAUAUUCUUGCAUCGAAUGUGGGAAACGAUUCAGUCAGAAAUCAGCAUUGAAAGGUCAUAUGAACAUCCACACAGGUGAGAACUUGAAGCCACAUUCUUGCAAAAAAUGUGGAAACACUUUUCGGACGAAUAGUAACUUGGUGGUCCACAUGAGAACACACACAGGUGAAAAGCCAUAUUCUUGCGAAACCUGUGGAAAAGAUUUUCGACAUAGCAAUGUCUUAUUGGUUCACACGAGAAGAGCCCACAACGGGGAGAAACCGUUCAUCUGCAAGACCUGCGGGAACAGAUACUUAGCUGCGUUUCAAUUGGCAAGGCAUGUAAGAUGGCAUACAGACAAGUAGCCUUGUAGUUGGAAGAUACAUGGGAGCUAAUUUAGUUCUUGAGUUAAUAAUUCCUGUAAAUGUUUGACCAAUUUGAUUUUUCUUUUGGUUUUAGAAUUGGUAUAUACUUCAGUAAUAUGAAGGGAUUGUGAACACAGAUGUUUAGGCUGAGAAACACUCUGUAUUGUUGAGUCAGUUAUGUUGUCACUACAAUGAGACAACUUUUCUUUUUUGUCUACAAUGUGUCAUUUAUUUUAUAUUUUUAUGUUUUGGAUUUUAUAGAUGGCACAGAAAUAAAAAUUGUAGAUGGAGUGCUACAUGUUGCUGUCAAAAAUCAGCCUCUACAAUAGUAAUGAAAAGUGAAUGAAUUGUAAUGAUCAGUGCUCAAAGGGAAGUGAGCAAUGUAACAGUGUUUUUCGAUCUCAUGUACAGUGGUUACGGGAAGUAUUCAGACCCCUUUAAAUUUUUCACCCUUUGUUUCAUUGCAGCCAUUUGCUAAAAUCGAAAAAGUUCAUUUUUUUUCACAUUAAUGUACACUCAGCAACCCAUCUUGACAGAAAA